AUGCGUGGCGUCACUCGGAAAGAAGACUUUGUUGCGCUGCUGCGAUCAUCUGAUGAGCACCGCCGCCCGCCGCCAGAAGUCUUGGUGGCAGCUGGCCAACGUGGCUUGGUGGUCAGAGACCUCUACGUGAACUCCGAAGGAGAAGAGCGGAUUGGCGUUCAGUUUGAGGGAAGAUCGACACUACAUGUUUUCCCGCAUCAGGUGGCCCUUUCUGAUGCGAAGUUUACAGAUGGAGAGAGCAUCAUGGGUGACGCAUCGACGUACCGAGUCAAGUGCGGCACCAUUUCCUUCGAGAAUCUCUUGGGCUUGCGCUUUGGUAACGAGCAGGACGAGUUCCUCGUUACAUCCAGUGGUCCGGUGCCGGCAACGCCUGGAGCAAUCCUUGUUCCCUGGUGUGAGGCUUUCCCACAGUUCCAUGGGGACGAGCAGAAAUCGGUUCUGGCCAGGAAUGUCGAGCAGCGAUGCCGAGUCGUUGCCAAACUUCAGCUUGAAUUUCACAGCAAGUCUGCUUCCCUGGAGACGCCUGAGCCCAAGCAGAAGCGGGCAAGAGGUAAUUAA